AUCAACACAAACAACUAAGCCAUCAACCCAAACAACUAAGCCAUCUACCCAAACAUCUCUCCGAACCAUCCAGUCAUCUAUUCAAACAACCAAACCAUCAACCCAAACAACUAAGCCAUCAACCCAAACAACUAAGCCAUCUACCCAAACAUCUCUCCGAACCAUCCAGUCAUCUAUUCAAACAACCAAACCAUCAACCCAAACAACUAAGCCAUCAACCCAAACAACUAAGCCAUCUACCCAAACAUCUCUCCGAACCAUCCAGUCAUCUAUUCAAACAACCAAACCAUCACCACAAACAACUAAGCCAUCAACGCAAACAACUAAGCCAUCUACCCAAACAUCUCUCCGAACCAUCCAGUCAUCUAUUCAAACAACCAAACCAUCACCACAAACAACUAAGCCAUCAACGCAAACAACUAAGCCAUCAACCCAAACAACUAAGCCAUCAACCCAAACAACUAAGCCAUCAACCCAAACAACUAAGCCAUCUACCCAAACAUCUUUCCAAACAACCCAGUCAUCUAUUCAAACAACCCAACCAUCUACCCAAACAACUCAGCCAUCCAACCAAACAACACAACCAUAUACACAAUCAACCAAGCAAUCCAACCAAACAACACAACCAUCCACCCAAACAACCAAACGAUCCAACCAAACAACACAACAAACUACCCAAACAAUCAUGCCACCUAACCAAACAACACAACCAUCUACCCAAACUGCCAAGCAAUCUAACCAAACAACAACAACUAAGCAAUCUAACCAAACAACACAACCAUAUACCCAAACAACUCAGCCAUCUAUAAUAACAACUGAAUCAUCUGUUAAAUCAAGUCCCCAAAAGAGGCAACAUAACAACUUUGUCAUAAUUGUUUUAGCAUGUGGGAUAUUGAUGGUGCUUUUGAUAAUCAUUGUAAUAUCUGUUGUUAUCUAUACAAGAAUAAAUAAAAGAAAUACGUAUCAAGUUGGAAAGCUAGAAGACAAAUAUUACACUGGCAACACCAAAUCACAAAGUACAAAUGAUAUCCAUAAUACAUGGACUGAAUUAUGUGACAUGACCCCUGAAACCAAAAUGGAUGAAGCAAUUUGCCCAUACGACUGAUCUACCCUUGCAACCGAGUCAUCCAUUAUCAAGGAGAAACAAAAUGUCUUUAGAAACCAAAAUAGACCA